GAGCACCCGGUCUCUCUCCUCCUAAUUUUACUCAUUUCCCCUCUGAUCUACAUUGUCUAUUUCUCUAUAUAAGCACUCAUAUCCAUCAACUUUUUGAGGGAGCUUGAGCAGAAGAAAGACGUACUCUCUAUAACACUAUCAGUCAUGAUGGUUUAUCUGAGAUCUCUUGUGGUUCUCACUCUCUACACUCUCUUGACUUCCCACAAUUCAGUUUUCGUCUCUGCAACUACAAUAACAUUCUACAACAAAUGCCCUCAUCCAGUUUGGCCUGGCAUUCAGCCCAGUGCUGGCAAGCCCUUGUUGGCUCGCGGAGGCUUCAAGCUACCACCCAACAAGGGCUACUCUCUACGCCUUCCAGCCCUGUGGUCUGGCCGUUUCUGGGGCCGCCAUGGCUGUGCUUUUGACGCAUCUGGUAGAGGCAAGUGCGCUACAGGGGAUUGUGGUGGUGCCCUCUACUGCAAUGGCAUUGGAGGUGCCCCACCAGCCACUCUUGCUGAGAUUACACUUGGAAAUGACCAAGAUUUCUAUGAUGUGAGCCUUGUUGAUGGCUACAAUCUGGCUAUGUCCAUUACCCCGUCUAAAGGCUCGGGGAAAUGUAGCUAUGCUGGGUGUGUGAGUGACCUUAACAUGAUGUGUCCUGUGGGUUUACAAGUUAGAUCUCACGAUGACCACAGAGUGGUGGCCUGCAAAAGUGCUUGCUCUGCAUUCAAUUCUCCAAGGUAUUGCUGCACAGGCAGGUUUGGCAAUCCGCAGUCCUGCAAGCCAACCGCAUAUUCCAAGAUCUUCAAGACCGCUUGUCCCAAGGCUUACUCUUAUGCUUAUGAUGAUCCCACUAGCAUUGCAACUUGCACUGGUGGCAACUAUUUGGUUACUUUUUGCCCUCAUCACAGUUAGAUGCACUUUAAGCAAAAGAAAAAAAAAAAAAACUUUGGAUUAUGAUAUAAUUCUGAUAGGAGUUUGUUUAUGGGGAAUAGUGGCUUUGACUAAUGAACUUAUAUUGAUGCCA